AAAAAAAAAAAAAAAAAAAGCCUCGGAGCUGGUUCCCGGGGAAGGGGCGAGAGGAGAGAAGCCCGAAAGGCUGGACAAGCCGUCAGCGAAGUGGCGAUGAGGCGCAGGAAGACGGCGGUGGCGGCCGGCUGCUGCCUCGCCUUCCUCCUGGGCACCCUGCUCAACCUCCUCUUCAUCCCCGGCGGCCCCGAGCACCCGCCGCCGCCCCGCGAGGAGCUGCCGCCCCCCUCCCCGCCCGGCGCCCCCCUCUACCCGCCGGAGGAGGAGAUCGGCGGCGGCCAGGCCGCCCUGGCGCGGCAGAUCCGCGAGCGCUACGAGGAGGUGCUGCGCUACCGGCAGCACCGGGCGGCGGCGGGGCGGCGGCCGCUGCGGCCGCGGGAGCGGCGCCUGAUGGACCUGGCGCCGCCGCGCACCUCGGCGGAGCAGCCGCGGCCGCCGGGACCGCGGGGCCGAGCGGCGGCGGGGCCGUGGGCCGAGCUCUCGCUGGAGCCGCCGCUGCUGGGCUGCCGCGACAUCCGCGAUGUCAGCGGCGUGCAGUACCUGGGCUCGGGCUACACCAAGGCGGUCUACAAGGCGGUGCUCAACCGCACGCUGGCCGUGGCCCUGAAGGCGGUGGACUUCGGCGGGCACGACAUCGCCCACUGCGUGCGGCAGUUCUCCGCCCUGGGUGACUGCUACCGCCUCGCCGCCUACAAGAUCGUCAAGGAGAUGAUCCUGCUGCAGCGGCUGCGCCACGCCAAUGUCCUGCAGCUCUAUGGCUAUUGCUACCAAGACAGCAAUGACAUCCCAGACACACUGACCACCAUCACUGAACUGGGCUCGCCUUUGGAGAUGAUUCAGCUUUUACAGACUUCCUGGGAAGACAGAUUUCGGAUCUGUCUCAGCUUAGUUCGGCUUCUGCAUUACUUGGCUCACUCUCCUCUUGGCUCGGUGACAUUACUGGAUUUUCGCCCUCGGCAGUUUGUGAUCGUGGAUGGGGAGCUGAAGGUGACAGAUCUGGAUGAUGCCAGUGUUGAGGAGAGCUCUUGCACCAGUAACAGUGACUGCUUCAUGGAAUUCCCUGCGAGAAACUUCACCCUGCCCUGCUCAGUUGAGGGACGGUGUCAGAGCAUGAAUGAAAAGAGGAAUCUCUACAAUGCCUACAGGUUUUUUUUUACCUAUCUUCUUCCACACAGUGCUCCAUCCUCACUGAGACCAUUGCUGGAUAAGAUAGUCAAUGCAACAGGAGAACUGCACUGGGGAAUAGAUGAGACAGCUGCUCAGCUGGAGAGAGUUUUGGAUCUGUAUAAGAGUGGGGAGUACCUGCAGAACACAACCCGGGUGCCGAAAGCUGAGUACAGACGGGUGCCUGAAGCCUUUAUUCCUGAUGAGAACUACAGAUGCUGGCCAUCCUACCAUCACAAGGGCUGCCUCCUCUCCGUGUUUGAUGUCAACGAAGCCAUUGAGAUCUGUGACAGCUACUCCCAGUGCAAAGCUUUCGUCCUGACUAACCAGACAACUUGGACAGGUCGGCAGCUUGUCUUCUUCAAGAUGGCCUCAAAUCAUAUUGUGCCUGAUCCUGACAAGAUAACAUAUGUGAAGGUGACAGACUGACACCUAAAGUGGCUCAGUCUGACACGUGAGUGAUAAGGGCUGUUUGUGUAUAAAUAUAGGCAGCUGUUAGGUAGAAGGCGGCUGUGAACGGAGAAUAAUUGCACUAUUACUCAUUCUAAUCUAUAGAGUGCUAAAGGAAACUUUAAAGAAAUAACCUGCAUGACCAGGAUGAAUGUGCAAUAAAACAAGAUUUUGAAAAUGUGAUUUAAAAACAAAGCAAAACAACCCAAAGCAAAGUACAAGAGAUGAUACACUGUUAGAGUAUAAUUUUGGUUAUAAAUCAGCUGGCAGCUCUGGCUUUUCUAAGCAAGGUUAGCAUAACAUUUCUGACCUAUACAUGUGUGUCCAGGGAUGAAAGCUGAUCAUUUCUCUGGGUAGCCUGUAUCCUCCACACUGGUAUUUAUUUGGGCACGUACAAUCACAACAGAGGAACUGAAGCGUAUCAGUUUGUCUGCUGAAUAGCAAACGUUGCUGAGGACAAUCAGCAUUUGUGUUCAAGCUAUGGGAUAUGCAAUGCCGGCAUAUUUGUCAAACGGAAGGAAUUGCUUAUGUUUAGAAUUGCAAGACUGCAACUAAUUUUCAUUUUUGCUUCCAAUGUUAUCAUAAAGUUUCAUUUUUAAUUUGAAAGGGCCAUUUUGUGGAUCUAGCAAAUCACAUAAGCAUAUGAAUAGUCCCACUGAAAGGGCAGGGACUUACCCAAGUGCUGAGUGCUUUGCUGGAUAGGCCUGAGCAUAUGCUUACAAUUAAGCCUGUGCUUAAGACUUUUGUUGAAUCAGUUUGAAUUGUUCAGGAAGCCACAUCUUUGACAGACUGGCAAAGCAGUCCAGCUGGUUGAACAGUACUAAUUUAAUGACUAUCUUGCAGUUAUUCGUACCUUUUAUCAUCAGGUCCUUGGUUUUCUAAGGCAUCGCUUGCUGAUUCUAGAGUGAAUGAAGUAAAUGAUCUUAAUGAUGUCAAAUGAAUGCUAGCCUUAAUUCUAUAUAAAAUGCAUCUUAAAGGCAGGGUGUGUCUAGAGAAUUUGCUUUCAGUGAAAGCAAUGAAGUAAAUGCUAAAGUGACCAAUGUCAUACUGUUUUGUAGUUUGAAGAGUCAGGAAAAA